AGGUUAUCUUCAGAAUUUCCCACGCGUUCGCGUGUUGUCACUUACGCACGACUUUUGAUAUUGUUGCAGUAAAUUGUCAAAACUAACAGAGGCCGGGCAGUCAUAUCGUCCCGCUAGAGAUUGUUGGUAGCGGACUAUAUAUACCACCCGAGCACCACAGAGGUUCAGUGGGGCAUACGCUGGCACAUUGGCGAAUAACUGGAGCUUUUCAGGAGUUUACCUUUACAAUGUUGAGGAAGGAGAAGACUAACACGUUUACAAUUAUUCCAUUUAUACGGUGAUUUGUCACAGAAAUACCCACAUAUGCCGGAGUAAUCCCCCAGAUAUAAACAAGGAACUGCAUGGAAGUGUCAUCAUCAACUGACUUACACCAACGAUAUUAACGUUUCGCAAUUACAUACUGAAAGGGCUCAUCAAAUCCGUAAUCGCCUGAAAGGCCCGCCAUUGGUCAGUAAUUGACUAACUGUUUCAGUUAUAUAUAGUGUGGCACAUAACAGUAAAAUACUGCUGAAGGUGUUAUCGGAUCAUAAACAAGGAUUUCAUCUGCCAGAGCAGCCCCGCAGCCCAGCACUCCAAAGAUUCGAUCCGGUAAGAGAAAGCCAUCGGAUAAAACUCCCGUUCUUACGUUGUGGAUGGAUUAAAGGCCAGGUAGACUGCGUUGAACCGUCACGAAAUUGUUUCGCUUUCGGAAGGAAAAGUCUGACGAAAGUAUAGUUUGAGGCAAUUAAUUAUUUUCCUCUAUAUGGAAAUGGAUGAUAGACAGCAGACGUUGUCGGCAGAUACCGAUGUGGAACAAGACCGUGUUGGCAGAAGAACUCCUAGACACAAACCUUGGUACACCAAAAGUGUACGCUGCAUCUUACUGACGUUGGUUUUGAUGCUCUUGGCUGGCGUUGUUGGUUUUCUAGUCUUUCAAAGCAUUAGAAGGUCCCACGGACCUACGGACUCCUAUUCGGCACCUCAAAACCUCAUGUGUGUACCGUGUAAGGAUGCAGGGGUGACACUCCCAGAGGCAGUUGGACAUAAACGGCAUCAUGUACAGGGCCCGUUGUGUUGCUUCAGCAAAGGAAGUAGCCAAGUUCCUUAUACUUCGUUUUCCAGCAAAGCAGCUCAGGCUCUUGAACAAGAAAAGAAAGACAGACCAUGCCAUCAAAGUGUUUCCAGCAGGCCGUCAGCUUUUCUGUUUCUGGACUACCCAAAAACAGGAGAAAUGGGUGAUACAAUGCAUUGGAGCACACAGACACCAUUUUCCGAAGGCACCGGUCAUUUGUCUGACUCUCUAAAGUACAACAGAAAAUACGGUGGACUGAUCGUCCCAGAGAACGGCGUGUACAAGGUAUACAGUCAGGUGACAUUUCGCCAGUUACCCAGGGCAUCCGGUCCCACCCUCUACAUACACUGUCUGUUCCUUUUGCGCGCGCACCAGGAAGAGGGAAAAGUCGUCAUCUGUUCGAAGACCACUAAGAUGAACGUCACCGACGCCAGAACCCUCCAGCCGUCGUAUUUCCAGGCGGAGAUCAACGUCAACAGCGGUGAUACGCUGUUUGUGAACGUGUCUGACAUCUCAUCUGUGUUCUCGUCCUAUGGAGACAGCUACUUCGGCUUGUCAAAACAGUAAGCGCCUUCACAAUGUUCAGGUUCUUUUCCUCCUCGAUGCUGACGAUCUCUUGGUUGCUUUCAACGUUGUAGUUACAUGUAGUUCGAGCCAGUCACUGUCCCGUCUUCAGUACGUCAUCCAAUGAGAUGAUCACACUGGCUAUCUUUCCUAUUAUGCGUCAAGUGAUGAUGAGACUUUAAGUUAGCCAUGUACACUUAGGACGAGCACUCUGAUUGGUCGCAGCAGUUCCUUCGGCCUGGUGCUUCGUGUAUUCCAACGGAACUUCGAAGUACCCACCAAAUGACAAAGUCAACCCUGAAGGUAUGGAGAGAAGAUCUGUGAUACACUAAGAAUAAACCCGUAAAAGGGCAAAGAAGUCCAUACCAGUGAUUUGCCGGAAACGUUGAGCUUCUUCUCGAUGUGCCAAAUGUAUUCAUGCAGCAUAUGUGCUUAACUACAGGGGGUGCAUCUACAAUAUUAAUUCUGUUCCAAACCGCAGUGUUUAAGGAAUGUGAAAAUGCGACAAGCGAGUACGAGUGAACGAGACAUUUACCUUUACAUUACGAUUUAAGCGAUUGUACAAUCCACGAACUUUCUGAUAAGAAACACGAGGACAUUUUUCUCUCAACACUCAAUAUUUAGGUGGUGCACGGAGUUUAAUAAUGUUCGUUCUCGGUUAUAAAUGUGGAUUUGUUUUAAUUUAUUCCUUAAAGAAUUGUUUACAUACAUGUAUACAUAUACUUAUUUAUGAUUGAAGUAUGGGCUGAACAAGAAUGUGUACAGAAUGCUUUUAUAUUUUAAGGAGAAAGUCUUCUUACAGCUUUAUGUAUAUAUUUAUUUAUUUGAUAGUAGCUUAAUUAAAAGUAGUCUAUUUAAAGGAGUGAAGAUAUUUUCAGAAACAGUUUUUAAUGGACUUUCUACUGACUCGUAUAGGUUUUAUAUUGCUGUAAACAAUGGAGAAUAUUUGUAUUGGAAACUGGAAAUGUUCAAGAGAGUAUGCUACUGUGGUCAGUUACAUAUGCCGUUUGAUGUGGUAGACAUCAAGGGGCAUAUACGAUAUUAAAAACGCACACACAGAGAGACACACACACA